AUGACUCUAGGGGUUGCCAUCCCUACUUCCGUCCUUGGUCUUUACGCCCAGAUGGCUACGAGCCUCCCAUCGAACGCCGUUGUGUCUCAUACCUCAGCUGGACCUACGAUAUGGACUGUCAACAACAUCCUUGUCGACACGAUUACUAGUCCAUUGGCCGACACUCUGACUCUAUUUGUGACAGGUGUCUACCUUGGAGGGGAGGAGAUUGCUCGAAAGAUAAUGUUCUUAGGAGAUGUGGUUAGCCGAGGUUAUCUCACGAGAGACCAGAUCAACUUCGGCCCUGAGUUCCCCAGCCCUGGUCUCGAAGAACAUCAGCAUUAUAUGGUCUUUGGUCAAUACAGCAGACACAAAUCAUGUCUUCACACAGGACCUGCAAAACAUCUCUAA